UGCUGCUUAUUUCUUCCUUCAUUUUGAAUUCUAAUCAUUUCUUUCAAAGGAAAGCAUCUUUAAAGCUCCUUCAUCAAGUGUCCACACUGGGAGCAGGCAACCGGCUAUCCAACACCCACUCAGGCUGCUCUUCUUCUUUACACAUCACUACUGUUGAUGAGGCGAAUAUUUGUUUGCAGGCUGCUUCUUCAAGUUUGGAUAGAAUCGAAAGAAAAUCAGGAACGAGAGAUAACAUGAGGUUGAUCCUGGUUAAACCCACCAAUGCAACAAGGCGUCUUGACUCAACAGGUGAAGCCUUCCAAGAUGGAGAACAUCAACACUGUGCUACAGGAGGUCCUGAGGAGAAGCACAAUCCAUUCUCUGGAAGCCCAGACAAAGAAUCUUCAUCUCCUCAGAAGAGUCGCUGCUGUGCUUCAUCUUCCCUCCAUGAGAAGUCGAAUGGAAUCAAUCCUCCAAGAGGCUCGGCUCAGAGGUCGCCUUCAAAAACACAGAACCUUUUACUGUCACAGCUGAGUGACCAAGACUGGCAUCUGCUUUGUGGGGAGGAUCCACCCUCAGCAGGAAGAGUGGAAGACAUUGUGGAAAAUCCAAACCAUAUGAACAGAUGUGGCUGCCCCUGUCCUGAUGCUCUCCAACAUUCUGACAUCUUAAGUUUACAGCCACAAUCAAAUAAAGAAAGUGUCCCAAGAGGCAGAACUAAGAGAAGCGUUUCAUCACCUCAUACCCUGCCUUUCCUUGAAAGCGUAUACCCGUCCACCACUUGCCAAGUUUCAGCACAGCAAACAAAUCACAAAGAUCUUCGCAAACCUUCUACAAACCACCCGAGGAACAUCAUCGUGCCCCAGUGCUCUGGCCAAGAUGGUGAUAAAGAUCAGCAUUGCAAUCAUAAAAAAGUCAGAAACUUCAGCCAAGCAACUCAUUCUAAGUUGUUCAACAUUCCUUUAAGCUCAGGUCAGUGUGCUAUGAGAAAUAAGAAACUCUCUGCACACAGUUUAGAUGUCAACUGGAGAGACCUUUUUGGCAAAGAACCACUUUUGGUGCAGCAGCAUCAAAGGAAAGACUCUCACUGCUCCGCAACUGAUGAUCAAACAUGGAAGCCAUCUGGAGAGUCAUCCUUUGCACUGAAGUGCCGCCAUCUUCCUUACAAUCGCCUAACCAGAGCACCAUGGGGAAAAAGACCAGCUACACCAGCCAGUCAGAAAAGUUUCACCUCUUUCUCCACCAGCCAGUGUAGUUUGCUUGAAAACCAAGAUUUGGUGGAGCGAACAAGAGAACAAGAAAGUCAGGAACCCUCUCAGCAUCUCAUUGGAUCCAAACAAUCACUCCCUAAACUCUGCCCUCCAUUUUCUGAUACCUUAGAAAGUGGUAGUGUCCAAAACGGGGAUGCAGUGCGACCACUCAGCAGCCUGGGCACUUUAAGCUCUAGUUUUGCAGAUUUUCCUUCAGACCAGCAGCAACUUCAGCUGCUUCAGAGUGCCAUUCUUGAGGACGCCUUCUCCAAGGUCAUCGGAGAUGACUCCAGUAAGGCCAACAGUGAAAACCUGAUCACAACAGAGGGAAACAAACCACAGAAGAAGACCAAGGACAUCAGCUAUCGGCUGGGUCAGAGGAGAGCUCUAUUUGGGAAGCGCAAACAGUUGAGCGACUACGCGUUGGUCUGUGGGAUGUUUGGUAUCAUCGCCAUGGUCAUCGAGACAGAGCUUUCAAGAACUUUUUACACUAAGGAAUCCAUCUAUUCUUAUGUGCUUAAAGGAUUGAUCAGCAUUUCCACUGCAAUUCUUCUUGGACUCAUUCUGAUGUACCAUGCAAGGGAAAUACAGUUGUUCAUGGUUGACAAUGGGGCAGAUGACUGGAGGAUAGCAAUGACCUUUGAGAGGAUCCUCUUCAUUGUGUUGGAGCUCCUCAUCUGUGCCAUCCAUCCAAUCCCAGGCCAGUAUGUGUUCACCUGGACUGCCCGCCUGGCCUUCAAUUACACAGCAUCUGUAGCAGAUGCCGAUGUAGACAUCAUUCUUUCUGUCCCGAUGUUCCUGCGUCUGUACCUGAUCGGACGUGUCAUGCUGCUGCACAGCAAGCUGUUCACAGAUGCCUCCUCACGCAGCAUCGGGGCCCUCAAUAAGAUCAAUUUUGACACUCGUUUUGUGAUGAAGACUCUGAUGACCAUCUGCCCCGGGACUGUCCUGCUGGUCUUUAGUGUCUCCUGUUGGAUCAUUGCAGCGUGGACAGUGCGUGUAUGUGAGAGGUAUCAUGAUGCACAAGAAGUAACAAGCACCUUCCUGGGAGCAAUGUGGCUGAUCUCCAUCACUUUCCUGUCCAUUGGUUAUGGAGACAUGGUCCCUCACACCUACUGUGGGAAAGGAGUUUGCCUCUUGACAGGAAUUAUGGGAGCAGGUUGUACAGCUUUGGUGGUGGCUGUUGUAGAGCUCACAAGAGCUGAAAAACAUGUCCAUAAUUUUAUGAUGGAUACUCAACUUUACAAAAAGAUAAAAAACACAGCAGCAAAUGUUUUAAGGGAGACUUGGCUUAUCUACAAAAACACAAAGCUGGUCAAAAAGAUUGACCACGGCCGUGUGCGGCAGCAUCAGCGGAAAUUUCUGCAGGCCAUCCACCAACUGAGAAGACUCAAAAUGGAGCAAAGGAAACUAACUGACCAGGCAAAUACUGUUGCUGAUCUCGCAAAGACUCAGAACAUGAUGUACGAUCUGGUAUUAGAUCUGCAGCAUCGAACUGGGGAGCUGGACAGGAGGAUUGUGGCUCUGGAAGAGAAACUGGACUCCAUCCUUAUGGGAGUGCAAUCGCUGCCAGUUGUUCUAUCUCAAGCAAUAGCAAAACUACAAAAAGAUUUCCUGGAUGACUUAGCGUGCCGCGUUCACUUCCUGUCGUCCUCACUGAGCUCGGAGUGCUGUUCAGCACAUCCCAAGCAACUUUGUCCUGGAUCAAGCACACCAGAGACGCCAUACAGCUGAGAGGCCUCCCUGAGUUUCCUAAUUUUUCAUAUCGGUUGGAACUGUACCAAAAACCAUGAUUAUUUCCCUUUAGGGGUGGAAUAAUAGGCCUGUUUAUUUUCGUCCAUAUGGAAGAAAAUAAAUAAAUUGAUUAAAAAAAAAAACAUUGUUCUGUAAUGUAGCAUUUUAGAGUGAUUACCUCAGGAAGGCUAACUUUGUAAGUCUUUUGCUAUUAUUCAGUAACUGAAAUCCUUCAGCAAUUGAAACGAGACACUGCAAGUAUUUAAUGAAAUCUUGAAAAACAUUAAUAUUUAGAGAUCAACAUUACAUAUAUUUAAACUCAAAAAGUAAAUAAAGAUUUUUUUUGUGCAGUAAAAGUUCAAGA